UACACACUGACAGUGCCCUUGCACAGGGAGACGGAAGCUGCUGGGAACAUGGCUGGCGAUUUAGUUUUGCUUGCUGCAGUAUCCCUUCUUUCAGCUUGCCAGCAAAGUCAUUUUGCCUGGCUGGUAGGAAAAUCGAGAAAACAGCACAAGAUCAUGCCCCCAGAAGUCACCGGAACCCCAGAAUUUGACAGAAUAUUUCGUGCACAACAAAACUGUGUGGAGUUUUAUCCGGUCUUCCUGGUUGCUCUUUGGAUUGCAGGCUGGUUUUUCAAUCAAGAACUGGCUGCCCUUCUGGGUUUGGUAUACAUGUAUAGCCGUCACAAGUACUUCCACGGAUAUGCAGAAUCUGCAAAAGGAAGGAUAACAGGUUUUUAUUGGAGUAUGGUGGUUCUGCUCUCACUGAUGGCCCUGGGUGCAGCUGGAAUUAGUAACAGCUUUCUGGAUGAAUACUUGGACUUCAGCAUAGGAAAGAAAUUACAUAAAUUGCUCUGACGAUUAUUUAUAUAUAAAUAAAUAAAGCAGAUGCUUUCCCUGGAUAUUAAAAUGAAGAUGAGCUGCAUCAUGUGGAAUGAAAGCAUCUAGAUUCUUUAUUACUCGUCCAUUGCAGUAUAAAGUGCACCUCUUUCCUGACAUUUUGUUUACACUGUUUCUCCCCCAUACUACAGAAAAAGCAGGCACAAAGAAGAAAGUGAAUGUGGCUUCCUUCUUUGAGUUACAGGUUUAAUGUACUGGUCUCCUGUAUACAAUAUUAUAUGACAGUAAAAAUUAUUUGACAGUU